AUGCCCAUUCUGGCUUGGUUCUUUCAAGCGUUGCGCUUCUUCGACGAUCCUGUCAAACCUGUUCGUCUGUCACUUGGGCUCAAGCCCUCGUUCGGUUCAGCUACAGACCGGUCCCACUUCCAUCAUGUGAUUUGCAUCGCGCGUCAAACAGACCCUGUCUGCAAGUGGCCUGUCUACUCGAGCUCACAGGUUGACCAGUCCAGGCGUCGGACCAGUGUUUGUACGUCCAAGAGGUCACCAGAGCUGCCAUGCCGACAAGGCGGAUUGAGGCUCGGCUCUGUUCUAAAAUCCCUCUUCAUUUGA